AUGCCGCGGCCGCUGCGGGAGUCCCGCUGCUCCGCCGCCGAGGCAUUUUUUGACGAGCCGCGCCGCUUGCGCACCUACGCACGCAGCGAGCGCGCCCGCGAGGGGCGCUUAUUCGACGACGGGGCGAACAACACAAGCGCCUUCCCAAAUAACGCCAACGGAUUGGAGGGCGGUGUGAACAAAUUAACGCGCGCGCGGGGCGGGCGGCGGCAGGCGGCCGGCUUCUCCCAAACACCGCGACAGCCCGGUAAACAGCCGCCGCGCCGCCUCGGCGACGCCGUUUUUUCAGCGCGCUUGGCAGCUCCUGUGCGCCUGCGGGGCGGCGGCGAGUGGCCUGGGCACACGCUGGGAGCGGGCGGCGGGCGCGGCCGGGGCCGCCGCCAGGAAUUACGCCUAGGGCCUGCACGGGAAGCGGCGGCCGCCGCGGGCGGGCCGCACCGCACCGGCCCGGGCCUCGUCGAGUCGCGCCGCGCCGCGCCGCGCCGCUCCCACACAGCCGCCCCCGACAAGCCAGGGGUUGCUCCACAAAACUGCUUCAGCACCUCAACCCCCACUACCACAUCUCCGCAGCCCCCGUCGCCUGCUGGCCGCGUCGCCGCGCUCUCGCCGUGCGUGGUUGUCACGUCGCGGCACGUCGCGCCGGAGCGAAUUGUCUCCUCCCGCACUCCACUGGGCCCGGCCCGCCGCGUGACCGCCGGACGACCCGACCGGGCCUGGGCGGCGGCGGCGGCGGCCGGUGAGUUUCCUGGAGAGAGAAGAAUGCGCAUUGUAUGGCGGGUUCUCUUCGAUCAUGCAGUCGCCACCAAGGAAAGGAUAAUUGAAGAUAUCGGUGCCCUCUGCCCUUUCCUAUUCCCUAUUACCAAUCCCAUCCCUGGCGCCAGGUGCUCGGCUGAAACUUCGUUCGCGGGUGGUCCAUCACCGUGA